AUGGACGCGCUGCGCUCCGCGGGCCGGGCCCUGCUCCGCAGCCCCAGCGUGCACAAACCAUCGUGGGCCGGCGGGAGGCACCAGAAGCUGCCCGAGAACUGGACAGACACGAGGGAGACGCUGCUCGAGGGGAUGCUCUUCAGCCUCAAGUACCUGGGCAUGACCCUGGUGGAGCAGCCCAAGGGGGAGGAGCUCUCUGCAGCCGCUGUCAAGAGGAUCGUGGCCACCGCCAAAGCAAGUGGCAAGAAGCUGCAGAAGGUGACGCUGAAGGUGUCACCCCGGGGGAUUGUGCUGAGGGACAGCAGCACCAACGAGCUCAUCGAGAACAUCUCCAUUUACAGGAUUUCCUACUGCACGGCAGACAAGAGCCACGACAAAGUGUUUGCCUACAUUGCCCAGAACCAGCUGAACGAGAGCCUGGAGUGCCACGCCUUCCUGUGCUCCAAGAGGAAAAUGGCUCAGGCUGUCACCCUGACUGUGGCUCAGGCUUUCAGAAUUGCCUUUGAGUUCUGGCAAGCAGCAAAGGAAGAGAAGGAGAAGAGGGAAAGAUCCAUCCUGGCAGCAGAAGGGACGAGCAGCCCUGGCUCAGAAACUCCUGCUCAUCCUGUGCCAGCAGCAGCCAUGGGGACCCUGCUGGAUUUGGGGGACCCUGCCAGGUCCCCCCUGGGCAGCACCGAGUCCCCAGAGCUGGACAACAGCAGCUUUGGGCCCAGCCCCUCGGUCAACAACAACGUGGUGUGGGAAAUGGAUGAUGGUCUCGACGAGGCGUUCUCAAGGCUGGCCCAGUCCAGGACAAACCCCCAGGUUCUGGACACGGGGCUGUCAGCUCAGGACAUGCAGAGUGCAGAGACUCUGUCCCCUGUGGACUGGAACAAACUGGAGCCCAGCACGGCAGAGAAGGACGAGCUGUUCAUGUUCUGAGGAGAGGAAAAGCUCCAGGGGAUGCCACAGCCCAGUUUAGACCAAAGCUUCACCACGAGCCUAACUCGGAUUUUUCUACCUUGCUUUUCUCUAAGCCACCAGACGCUUUUGGAUUUUAUUUAUUCACGGUUUACAAAGUUGCUGGGAGGUGUGGGGAGCACCUGCAGCAGUUCCAGCUCCUCCUGGGCACCACCAAAGCCCCUCUGGGAGCAUCCCCAGCCCAGGGCUGGGAUGCAAAGGCAGCUCCAGGCGUUCCUGAUCCCCCCAGUGUGGAGCAGACACAGCACCUGCCUGGCCAGGAGGGUUUGCAGCAGCUGCUGCCAGCGAGGGAGCAGAGAGGGAGCAGAGCUUUUGUCCCAGGGGCUGUGGCCCAGCUCUCAGUCACCCUCGGGGAAUCGACGCCUUUUUAACCCAAAGACUCCAAAGUUUUGCACUUUAAAACUUGAACUGAAAGCAAUGGUCCGAAUUGUCAAGGUAAGCAGUGCCUGGAACUUCUCUUCAGAAGCUAAUUACCCAAAAAUAAUUACCCAAAAAAUAAUUACCCACCCUGGCCAUGCUGCAGCCCUGGCUCCAGGCUGACCCCUCACUCUGAUACCACUCGAGGUCCCGAAGCUCCUUUGGCUUUAAAAGCAGCAGGGGGGGAGGAUUUGUUUGGCUGAAUUGUGCUGGGAAGGGCAGCAGGAGCCGAGAUCCUCGUUCCCAGGAGCAGUUCCUGGCUAGGAGCUGUCCC